AUAUAUAUAUAUAUUUAAAAAGUUCUCCGUCAAUUUAUACAUCUUCAUCCUCGUAUUCGAACCCACACGGUGACCAGUCUACUUGGUAGGAGGGAGAGGCGGCCUGAGUCCUGGACUCCUGGUCCCUCCCGCUGGGGCUGGGCUACCUCGUUCGCUUCGCUGCCUCUGCCUACUCCUCUCUCCCCUCUUUCUCCGCUCAUGUGCUGGUCCAUCGUCUGCCUCCUCGGUUUGUCCUGAAUCCUUGGACAGACGCACACAGGCUCAGCUCAGGCGGUUGCUGGAUCCUUUGGCGUUCCCCAUCCGGCCAAGAAUCCUGCAAGAGCCUGCUUGGAGUUGGAGCCGGCCAAACCUGCUGCCGUCGACGUCUCGGGCGAGGCAGCCUUGAGCAUCAGUCUCCUUGACGAGGCAAGCAGGCCAUGAUGAGCUUCAAGGGACACGAGGGGUUCGGUCAGGUGUCCGGAGCCGGGAUGAGCCAGGCCUCCCAUGGCGCCGCGCCUGCCGGAGCCCCGCUGCCGUGGUGGGCUGGGGCCCAGCUGCUGUCCGGCGAGCCGGCGCCCCUGUCCCCGGAGGAGGCGCCCCGGGACACCCAGUUCCAGGUCGUGCCGGGGGCCUCUCAGGGCACGCCGGAUCCAGCGCCGCCCAAGGGAGGGACACCUAAGGUCCUCAAGUUCUCUGUGUUCCAAGGGAAUUUGGAGUCGGGUGGUAAAGGAGAGAAAACCCCAAAGAACUCUACCGCUGUCGUUCUGCAGUCGCCAUUCGCGGAAUACAAUGGUCGUUUCGAGAUCGGUCUCGGUCAAUCUAUGCUGGUCCCUUCCAGUUAUUCUUGUGCUGACCAGUGCUAUGGCAUGCUUACGACUUAUGGAAUGAGAUCCAUGUCUGGUGGGAGAAUGCUGUUGCCACUAAUUGCGCCAGCCGAUGCACCCGUUUAUGUGAACCCGAAACAGUACGAAGGCAUCCUCCGUCGUCGCCGUGCUCGCGCUAAGGCGGAGAGCGAGAACAGGCUCACCAAAGGCAGAAAGCCUUAUCUCCAUGAGUCGCGCCACCUCCACGCGAUGCGCCGGGUGAGAGGCUCCGGCGGGCGCUUCCUCAACACGAAUAAAGGAGGGCACGGCACGGACGUUGCUGCAAACGGGGGCAGCAAGAUGGCGGCGGCGGCGGCACCAUCCCGUCUCGCCAUGCCCCCUAGCGCUGAGCCUCCAUGGCUGUCAGGGCUCAGCGACGGCAGCAACCCGUGCUGCCACUCCCGGAGUAGUGUCUCCAGCUUGUCCGGGUCCUACGUGGCGAGCAUCUACGGUGGCUUGGAGCAGCACCUCCGGGCGCCGCCCUUCUUCACCCCGCUGCCGCCCGUCAUGGACGGCGACCACGGCGGCCCCACGGCCGCCACCAUCUCCUCCUUCAAGUGGGCGGCCAGCGACGGCUGCUGCGAGCUCCUCAGGGCGUGAACCGAGGAGGGAGGGGAUGGCUACUCAGACGAACGGCCUUCUCCCCGAUGGCUGGUUGUCUGUAGGCAAAUCAUUCUUGGCUGUUCUGCAUUGGGGUGCGACCUACACAUCAUCCGCCUACCGUACCUACCCCACCCGUGUCCCUGAAAUUCCAGGGUGCUUGGGUUACUUACAGGGGUCUUGUGUGGUGAUGUGGCUCCCCCAUAUGCAUUUGCUGUAACAUAGCGUACCCAAACCACUGUUGCUUGGUACUUCUCGCUAUCACUGCCUCAUCAGUAUGGAUUCUGCAUUUCUGCGUUGUCACAGUGUAUGAAUAAUUGAGGCGUCAGACUUCAGGGUUGCUCCAGUUCUUGGAGAUAGGUCUGGGUUUGUUUGAAGCUUGCCUGGAGGUCUGAAACUUUGUGUUUGGUGAAGAUGCUACGUUAUUGCAGUUUGAAUCUGUAAGUUUGGGAUCAGCAUUCAGUUGUUGCAUCGUCUGUGCUCUGGUGCCGAGGUGUUCGUUCUGAAUAUUUGAUUCAAUUCAAAAUCUUCAGCUAA